AUGGACGACCAUAUCUUUGACCAACUGCUCCAAGGCUUCAAAUACGUUCCAGAAAAUACAUCCUACUUGGAAAUCUUCAACUAUACCGAUCCAGUGCACGACGUAAUUGAAUCGCGUCCUCUCACGCCAGAUGAGUUUCAAAAUUUCCUUCAGAGACAAGGUGCCUAUGCUGCACCAGUCAUUCCCAAGGACGUGCAGCUGAAGGCCGGACUUCGAAUCAUAGUGCAAGAAAAUGCCAAGCACCGCGACACUUUUACUAGCCACUACAUCACUCUCCCACCAGAUGUGUACAGGUCCAUGAUGAUGUCUUUCGGGUUACCUUUAAGUGCAAUUGAGUGUACCUCCACAGUUGGGCCUCUGUUCUGGAGCUCUUACAACCACGAUGAGUCGGAUCCUCAACUGCAUAUCAUAGUCCGCAAGGCCGAUAUGAGAAAGAAGGGGAAAACUAGAGGAUGGGAACUUGUCCUAUCGUACUCAUUCCGCGACAAGAUCACGACAGCUUUCUUGAAGGGAACGCCGUGCUCAAAUGUCUCCGAAAGCUUGAAGUUAGUGAAAGACAGUCCGUCACAGAUCUGCCACCCGUUACUUCUUCCCAUGACUCUGGCCGCACUCUAUUUGAAUGGGUCGCUCGAGCAGAGAACCCUCGAUGGCCGGCAAUCGCUCCGGCAGGUCGAAGACGCCUUGACGUUCUCGCGGACCCCGAUGGAGGACUCACCCUACAACGAUUUGGAUCUUAACAUUAUUGGCCGUGAUCUGGUUGAAAUCAACUCUGCUAUGUUGCGGAGCGAUCCGGAGGCGUGGAUGGGCAUCAUUGGCGAUGCCCAAAAAGCUCUGUCUCUGUUUUUUGAAUACCUACCAGAGUGCGCGAGAUCGCCAGAGAUUACGAAGGCACACCACAAGUUUUCAAGCAGGCUGAGUCUGUACAACAAUCGGCUGCAAGGCAUGAAGGGUUACGUGCGAAACACGCAACGACGCUUGGAGAUUCAGAAAUUUGCUCUCAGCAAUCUUUCAGCCCAGAGGGAUGGCCAAGUGAACCUGGAGAACAAUGCCGAACAGCGCCGCUUGGCCCACCUCAGCAAGCAAGACAGCUCCUCGAUGAAGGCGCUCAGCCUUGUGGGAGUCAUCUUCCUUCCUGGGACUUUCCUAGCCUCAAUCUUCAGCAUGAGCUUUUUCGAUUUCAAAGGAGGCAAGUGA